AUGUCCGAAACAAAAGAAGCUCCCAAACCAACCAAGCAAGAAUCCCAAGGCAUAUUGAAGAAAUUGACCAGUGGAGAUACUUGGGUAUCUCCAUUUAGAUCACAAGCUUCUGAAGAGGACCCUAAAAAGAAAAUCAAUUUGUACAAGCAAUUCAAAGAAUCAAACAAAAUUGAACAUAUUAAAGUUCCUGUUAAGUUUUCUUACCACCCAACUUUAGAAGCCGAAGCCAAAAAGAAGAAGGCAGCUGAGGCUGAAGCAAAAAAGGCCAAAGAAACCAAAGCAACAGUUACAAGCACUGAAGCCAAGGAUGCCAAAGAAGAAACAGAAACAAAGGCCGAAAAAGUUGAGGAAAAACUCGAGACUGAUGCUAAAGAGCCAUUGAUUGAAGAUGAGACCAAGGAAGAAGCAAAAGUUGAUACUGAAGCCAAGGAACCAUUGAUUGAAGACGAAGACAAACAAGAACCGGCCAACGAAGCCGAGGAAAAAGAAGCUGAACUUGAAGACAAGGCCGAAGAAAAGCUUGUCACAGAUCAACCAAAAGACGAAGAAAUAGAAGUUGCUGAACCUAAAGAAGUCUCAGCUGCAUCCGAGGUAGAAGAACAAAAACUUGAAAAAGAUGCUGCUGAACCAGAAAUUCAAGAUGGAGAAGCACUCAAAGGCGAUGACAACAUUGAAAAACAAAUCAAAGAAAACCCAAUUGAACUAGUUGAUCAGCCAUCUCAGUUCAAGUAUGAACCAGUUGAAUUGCCAAAUAAGGAAACUUUAGAUAAAUUGCAAGAUAAGCCUGUAUUAUUGAAACAUUAUCAAGAAUUGAAUGCUAUUGGCGUUGGAUCUAUUGCCAACAGAAUCGAGGAUCCAAACAAGGUUAUUGAAUUGGGUUCAGGAUUAAGAAUGACCCAACAACAAUUGUUGGAUAUUGCUGCUAAAAGAGUUGCCCCAGUCAUUACUAACAUCAAUGACGAAGUUUCCAAAACAAGACAAGAAGAUGAAAUCAAAAGACAACAGGGGUUGGACAACAAGGUCAAGAAGCAUGAAAGUAAAUUGCAAUCCGAUUUUGAAAAGUAUCUUGGUAAAAUUGGUAAGAAAAAGGACAAAUUCAAUAAAGAAAUUGAAGAAAAGUUGGCUAAUUUCGAAACUAUGAUUAAGAAAUCAAACAACACUGCCAUUGAGUUUGAAAAAACUACCAAAGGUGAAAUUGAAACUGCCAAUAAGGAAUACGAAGAACGUGAAGCCAAAGCAGUAGAACAACAUGCUACUGACAAGGAAACUAUUGAGAAAAACCACGAAGAAUUGUUAGCUACAAAGAAGCAAGAAUUGGAAGAUGCUAAAACUGGUCAAGAAACUGCUACUCAAGAAAUUGAGGAAUUGAAAGACAAGAAAACUGAAUUAGAUGACAAAAACUCUGAAUUGGCUGACAAAAUUGAGCAAUUGACUGCCCAAUUGAAUACUGAACUUGCCAAGUUAGAUGACUUGAAGGCUAACCACAAGGAACACCAAGAUUCUAUUGAUGCCAACUUGACCAAGAAGAAAGAAUUAGAUGAUAACUUGACAAUCAUCCGUAAAGAUCUUUCUGAUAAAAAGGAGAAGCACAAAGGUUUACUGGCAGAAGUUGGUGUUUUGGCUGGCUCUGCUGCUGCUUAUGCUGCUCGAUUAACCAGCUUGCACUCCGACAAAGAGGACAGAGCCAAGAGACUUGCUGAAGCCAAGGAUAAACACGCUUCUUGGUUGAAAGAGAAGCGGGAAUUGGCAGAACAAACUGCAAGAGAUCAUGAACGUAAGAGGUUAGAAGCAACUCAUGAAUACGAGACUCAAAAACACCUUGAAGAAUUAGAAAGACAAAAACAGAAAGAAGAACUCGAAAGAAAAGAAAAAGAAGAGGCCGAAGAAAGAGAAAGACAAGCCAAGAUUGAAGCUGAAGAGCGUGAAAGAAAGGAAAAAGAGGAAGCUGAAGAGAAGGCUAGACUUGAAAAAGAACAAGCAGAAAAGGAAGCCAAAGAGAAAGAGUUGAAAGAACAACAAGAAAAAGAAGAAGCUCAGAAGAAAAAAAAUGAUGUCGAGUACCAAGUCUCGCAAGCAAUCUUGUCGAGAGAGACCGACCAAAAGAAGUUUGAAGAGGAGAGGGCCGAAAGUGAACGUAUUUACAAUGAACGUAAGGCCAAGGAAAAGGAAGAAACCGAUAGAUUGUUGAAAGAAAUUGAAGACUUGAAAGCUGAAAAGGAGAAAGCUGCCGAGUUAGAAAGAGAAGAAGCAGAAAAAGUUGCACAAGCUAAAUUGGCACAAAUUGAAAAGUUGAAACAAGAACACGAAGCUAAAACCAAAUUGUUCAACGAUAAAUUGGAAUUUGAAAACUUACAAAAACAAAGAUUAGAGGAGGAAGUUGCCAAUUUGAAAAAGAUUAGGGAAUUGAGAGAAGAAAAGGCAAGAUUAGCCAGCGAACAAUACAAAGACCCAGAAUUGGAAAGAGUCAAGAAAUUGAUUCAAGAAAGAGAAUUGGAGGUGGACAAAUUAACCAAAGUGAUUGAGUUUGAAAAACCAGAACAGACAUCAUCUGAAGGUGGUCAUUUUUUAGGAAUUAGCAAUGAUAGUAAGUCUGGAGCCAUUCCUGUUAUUAAAUCUAAGGAUGUUGUUGUUGGCAACAAUGAAAAUUCUCAUUCAAAGAGUGUAAACACUGGCAAUGAAGCUAAAACAGAAAAUGAAAGUGAUGAUAAGAAGAAAGAUCAUCAUUAUGGAGGAGCAGCUUUAGGAAUCGCAGGAGGUAUUUUAGCAGCUGCCGGAGCCGGAGCCUUGGCAGCCGGUAGUGCUGGAAAGAAUGCUGUUUCAGGUAUUGCUAGUGGUGUUUCAAAUGCUGUUCCAUCUGGUAAUAAAGAUGUGCAAUUACCAAGUAAUGGUAGUGGCACUCAAGGUAAUACUACUACUUCUGCACCAGGUCAAAGUCAAUCUCUGUCUCCCCUUGCAACUACUACUGAACCAAGUGGUUCUGCUGCAAGUAUUCCUACUUCAAGCAAUACCAGCACAAUUUCUUCUAAAAAAAAUGCUGCAAGUGUUACCCCUACUCCAGUUGAAGCGCAACGAACCAAUAGUCUUAGUGACAAAUUUAAAGGUUGGGGCAGAAAGUUAAGCAAGAAGGAUAAAUCCAAAGACGUUAACUCUGCAGCAGGAGAAACCACUGCGGAAACUGGUGUUAUAGCUAAGGAUGACGAUAAACCAGUUGGUGGAAUCACAGCUUUGGAUGCAGAGAAAAACACUGUUGUUGCUAGAGAUGCUAAACCAAUUGGAGGAGUCACAGCUUUAGAUGCGGAAAAGAAUACUGUCGUUGCCAGAGAUACAAAGCCAAUUGGCGGUAUUAAUGCCAAUGAUAUUGAAGAAAAACCCAGUGUUGGCAUUUUUGUUUCCAAGAAUGUUUCUAGUAACAAAACUUCUACUGAUGCUGAUGAUGAAUCUUUUGAAAUUCAAUCUGUUUACGAAGUUGUCUCAGAUAGUGAAUAUGAAGCUAAUAAGCACAAUCCAAAUUAUUUUGAAGUUAGUCCAGAAGAGUUUGAGAAACACAAGAAUUUGGAAAAUAAGGUGGUCCUUAUUGAGAAAAUCUCCGAAUAG